AUGUCUUCUCCAUCACCGGUCCUCAAUUUCGCCAUCCGCGGCUUUCAGAUUGUUUUCGCGGCUGUCGUCCUUGGACUGUCCGUCGGCAUGAUCAAGGGCCAAGGACCGUUUCUUAGCUCACCAAUAUCACUUCGCUACACCGCAUUCGUUGGCGGCGUCUCUUUCCUGACAGGGUUCGUCGGUAUCGCUGCGGAGUGGGUCUCUGUCUUGCAAGGCAUGGUCGGGCUGAUUAUUGACGGCCUGAUCAUACUGCUGAACAUUGCUGGUGGUGUGCUACUAGCUAUCCAGAUCGGCGUCCCCAAAUGCAGUGACACAAGCCCCGAGAAUCGCAGGGAGUUGUUCAAGAACCAUCUUUUCAAUGGUGGCUGCUACGGCAAAGAGGAUGGCGAGGAGCAGUGCUGGAACGGUGGAGAUCGUCUGGACCACUUGAAUGAGAGGUGCAAAGAGGCGCAGGCUGAUACCGUAUUCUUGUGGUUCACUGCUGCGGUCUUGCUUGUUGCGGUGACGAUGACUUUCUUGCGCACGAAGAGAGGCUACUAA